CCUGCUACAUUUCCAUCAUGAACAAAAAGGAGAUGCCCAGCUUCAAUAAUCUGGCCCACCUGGCACAAGAGAGCAGGAACCAGAUCGGCCUUGGAAGACCUACCAAGAAGAUCACCUUUGUCACCAAUGGACUGGUCAGCAACCUCCAGUCUUAUGGAUCAGAUGUCUUCUCUAUGUGCAGUGGAGUCACCACCUACAUGGCUUAUGAAGUUCAUGGACUCCAAGUCAAUCUGGGAUCAUGCAUUACCCUCGAUGUCCUGAGAGUCGUGGAUCUGAAGUACUGCACUGGCAAUGGCAAUGGACAAUCUCAGCAGAUUCCCGGCGACAUCUUCAACAACACGCAAGGCAGCAUCUUCAACAACACGCAAGUCAUCAUUGGGGGCCAGUCCCAAGUUGUGACCAUCAACAGGCAAUGGCGUGUGGCAGUCAUUGAGCAACGAAGCUUCAGUGGGUCCUGGAAAACCAUCUGGAACUACAACACGGGCGUCAUUGUAACCAAAGUCACGCAACAGAACACCUGCUACAUUUCCAUCAUGAACAAAAAUGAGAUGCCCAGCUUCAAUAAUCUGGCCCGCCUGGCACAAGACAGCAGGAACCAGAUCGGCCUUGGAAGACCUACCAAGAAGAUCACCUUUGUCACCAAUGGACUGGUCAGCAACCUCCAGUCUUAUGGAUCAGAUGUCUUCUCUAUGUGCAGUGGAGUCACCACCUACGUGGCUUAUGAAGUUCAUGGACUCCAAGUCAAUCUGGGAUCAUGCAUUACCCUCGAUGUCCUGAGAGUCGUGGAUCUGAAGUACUGCACUGGCAAUGGCAAUGGACAAUCUCAGCAGAUUCCCGGCGACAUCUUCAACAACACGCAAGGCAGCAUCUUCAACAACACGCAAGUCAUCAUUGGGGGCCAGUCCCAAGUUGUGACCAUCAACAGGCAAUGGCGUGUGGCAGUCAUUGAGCAACGAAGCUUCAGUGGGUCCUGGAAAACCAUCUGGAACUACAACACGGGCGUCAUUGCAACCAAAGUCACGCAACAGAACACCUGCUACAUUUCCAUCAUGAACAAAAAUGAGAUGCCCAGCUUCAAUAAUCUGGCCCGCCUGGCACAAGACAGCAGGAACCAGAUCGGCCUUGGAAGACCUACCAAGAAGAUCACCUUUGUCACCAAUGGACUGGUCAGCAACCUCCAGUCUUAUGGAUCAGAUGUCUUCUCUAUGUGCAGUGGAGUCACCACCUACAUGGCUUAUGAAGUUCAUGGACUCCAAGUCAAUCUGGGAUCAUGCAUUACCCUCGAUGUCCUGAGAGUCGUGGAUUUGAAGUACUGCACUGGCAAUGGCAUUGGACAAUCUCAGCAGAUUCCCGGCGACAUCUUCAACAACACGCAAGGCAGCAUCUUCAACAACACGCAAGUCAUCAUUGGGGGCCAGUCCCAAGUUGUGACCAUCAACAGGCAAUGGCGUGUGGCAGUCAUUGAGCAACGAAGCUUCAGUGGGUCCUGGAAAACCAUCUGGAACUACAACACGGGUGUCAUUGUCACCAAAGUCACACAACAGAACACCUGCUACAUUUCCAUCAUGAACAGAAGGGAGAUGCCCCACUUUGAUAACCUGGCUCACCUGGCAGAAGAGAGCAGGAUCAGUUUUGGAAGACCUACCAAGAAGAUCACCUUUGUCACCAAUGGACUGGUCAGCAACCUCCAGUCUUAUGGAUCAGAUGUCUUCUCUAUGUGCAGUGGAGUCACCACCUACAUGGCUUAUGAAGUUCAUGGUUUCCAAGGACCCAAGGUGAAUCCUGGAUCAUGCAUUACCCUCGAUGUCCUGAGAGUCGUGGAUCUGAAGUACUGUACUGGUAAUUUCCAUGGCAAUGGACAGCAGACAGGUAACAACUGCCAUUUCUCUGGUGCGUGUGUUUACCAAAACAUGACCCUCAGUAGCCAAACCCAUGAGGUGAUUAUCGAGCAAAGGAGCGAGCAGCUCUCAUGGAAAACCAUCUGGAACUACAACACGGGCAUCAUUGCAACCAAAGUGGUGCAAGAGAGAACGUGCUACAUUUCCACCAUGAAUAGAAAUGAGAUGCCCACCUUUGAUGCCCUCGUCAGAUAUGCUUCAGAGAACAAGAACCAGAUCGGUCUUGGAAGACCUACCAGGAAGAUCACCUUUGUCACCAAUGGACUGGUCAGCAACCUCCAGUCUUAUGGAUCAGAUGUCUUCUCUAUGUGCAGUGGAGUCACCACCUACAUGGCUUAUGAAGUUCAUGGACCCCAGCUGAAUCAGGGAUCAUGUAUCUCACUUGAUGUCCUCAAACUUGUGGACCUGAAUUAUUGUGGUGGCAAUAUCAAGGCCUGAAAAACUUAUCUUUCUUCAAUCAAGAACAGAGGCUCUGAGCUGCUGCCCAAGGCAAACCCUGAUGCAAUUCUUCCAUCACAUCUCCUUUAAGAGAUGGUCUUAGGGAUUUAGAUGCUGACACAGAU